GAGAUACAACUUUAUAUGUUGCAUACAUGUUUCUUACACUUAUCCAAACCAUACAGUGGUAAGCUGCAUAGCACUAGCACCCAUAUUUGUAGACAAAAAUCCCUAUUUCAUCCUACUAGCACAUCUUUAUUUUCAAGAAAAAAAUCAAAGAUUAAAGAACAUUAUAUACUGAUUUUGAUUUUCAGUCCAUUGAUUAUUUUGUUUUUCUUCGUAGGAUACGACCAACCCGAAGACGGUUACACUGAUAAAAAUGCUAAGUAUGGUUUGGAUGCUCCACCCCCUUACCAGCCAGGAAUUCCUCCACCGCAACAAGGUUAUGGCCAGCAACCAUACCCAAUGCAAUCACCAUAUGGACACAACACAGUGGUUGUAAAUCAGCCACAAACUGGCACAAUAAUAAUAAUCCAGCGGAGACACACAGAUUAUAUGGUUUCAUCUAUAUUUGCUUGCCUCUGUUGCUUUUGGCCUACCGGAAUUUGCGCCAUCUAUUACGCAAACGAGGCAAACAAUUUGGCGAGAGAUGGUGACUAUGAAGGGGCAAGAAAAAUGUCUGACAUGGCUAGGAGGCUUAUGGUAGCCAGUGUGAUCGUUGGAGUUAUUUCGCUGUUCUUUGCUGUGGUCAAGUGUUUGACAGUAUAUGAAAGUUACAAAAGUUCCAGCUAUAAGUACUAGUGUACUUGUAAUAACGGCUACUCGUGCACUGAAAUUACAAUUACUUUUACACUUAUAAUGACAAUUUCUCUUGUCCUACUAUAAACAUUAGGGGACUAAUAAAACAACUCAUCAUUAACCAAUUUUUUCAUUAUAUGUUUAUAAAAAUUCGGUAAGAGUACAGAACAUGGUGAAAUCUACCACCUUACAUAAUCAUUUAUUGGAUAAGGAUAAAUCUAAAAUGAUUAGAUUGCAUGCACAUUGAUUCAUUGUUUUUGUUUCAUCAACAUCUAAUGAGAAGAAAAUAAGAUGGAUUAAUCAGAAAAUAACCAUUAGUACUUAAUAUAUCCAAUCAGAACAAAUCUAUACAUUAUCAUUGCAUUUUAACAUUUUAUUAGUUUGUAUUUAACUGAGUGAUAUGCCUGAUAUGUAAUGACGCUAAAUAUUAAAAUGUUUACCAUUAAUUGCUGCAGCAAUAUAAUAUAAAUGUGAAACAAAUUUCCAUGUUAAUGUUAGAUUUCUGUUAGGUUUAUAAAUCUUCUUAUAUUUCAUAGAGGUCAAUUCGAUCUAAAAAUGCUACUUUUUCUUUUCUUUUCAUAAAACUGUUUAUUUUUUCGUGUCCGGUUACAAUUUUCUAAAACGGAACAUUUUGCAAUAUAAUAGCUGAACCAUAUACUUGUUUUUUCGGCACUCUUUUAAUGGUUUGAUAUUUUUAUGAGCAAUUAGGUCAAAAAGUACAUUUAUGAGAGAUUGGAUUAAAGUAAACCCUUUAUCAUCCAGAACACAGAUUCAGCUUAAAAUUAAUACUGAUAUUUACCUACAUUCUUUUUUAUGAAAUACAUGUAUAUUCGAGCUUGUUUUGUACAAUUCGAAUAUUAUCUAAUUUAUUCAUCCUUGAUAUAAAAUUUUGAAACGUACGAAAAGUCUUUGUUGAAAUUUGACUUUAUACAUGUAUUUAAAAAAAUGAUUAUAAUUUCAGCAACUUUCUGAACAUGCUUAUCUUCCGUAUGCUUAAGAUCUGCUAUAUAGUUUUAACUGUAUUUUUCUAAUA